AAACAUUUCAAUCUGCACUAUGCCUGUUACAAUUACAACUAUAGAUAUUCUUAGUCCUUAUCGAGCUAUGCUCUUCUAACCUCUACUUCUUUUCUUGUGCCAUUAGAUGAAAACACUAUUUAAAAAUUUAUGAUAUUGCUAAACAUUUUUAUUAGUUUUAUCUUUUUCUAUAAACAGUUGCAUUAUAUUUGUGUCAUUGACAUUGCAAUAUUAUUUAAGUUCAAACAUAGGUUUUGACCUAAUUCAAUAGCAGAACAACUAAAGGCAUCAUGGACAACAGCCCAGGUUUCUUGUCGUACCACAAUAGUGGCCCCAGUGGCGGGAAGGACUUUAUGAAAUUAGCUCAAAGUAUUGGAACAAGUAUUCAGAAGAUAUCUCAAAAUGUUUCUUCUAUGAAUAAAAUGGUCGAUCAAAUUGGCACACAUCAGGAUUCACCUGACCUUAGAGCUCAACUUCAUCAAAUACAGCAUUACACCAACCAAUUAGCAAUGGAUACCAAAACUAAACUUGAGCAAUUAAGCAAUAUCCAAGCUCCACCAGGCACCUCAGAUGCGAGACAAUGGAAAAUGCAGAAAGAUCGUCUAAUGGAAGAACUUAUGGCUGCUCUGAGUUCAUUCCAAACAACACAACGGAGAGCAGUGGACAAAGAAAAAGAAGAGGUCCAGCGAACACGAGCAAACAUGAAAGCACCAGAUCCUUUCCGUCCUCCACCGGGUAAAUAUAGUGAGCCUUUAAUAGAGUUAGAUAAUGUUUCAUCACGUUCUACACCAUCUCAGAAGCAGACCCAAAAAAUGCUUGCACAAGAGCAGCUGAACUUGCAAGAACUUGAAGACAAAGAGAGAGACCUGCUGCAACUGGAGGAAGACAUACAAGGUCUUAAUCAAAUCUUUAUUGAUUUGGGAAAACUUGUGCAUGACCAAGGAGUUGUUAUUGAUAGCAUUGAAGCAAAUGUUGAAUCAGCAACUCAUCAAGUGUCAGAGGGUACAAGACAGUUAAACAAAGCUAGCGGCUAUCAGAAUAAAAUUCGAAAGAAGAAGUGUAUUUUGUUCACAAUUUUGGCCAUUGUGCUGAUCAUUAUUAUUAUUAUUAUUGUGUGGCAAUCCAAUUAAUGCCAAACUCUUUGGUGUUGAAUUCGUUGAUUUGUUAUUGUUUGUUAUUUGGUGUUCUCUGAUACGAUCAAAUUUACUGAUGGGUAAACAUAACUGUUAAAACAAAAUUUUAACGUAGUCUUUGUGUUUAUGCCUGCAUAAGAUUGUAUAAAUACAACAUCAAGUAAUAUUGCCUGUGUAGAGGACUGUCAUAUUCGUCUUGACAUACAUAUAGAGUACAUAUUAAAGCCAAUCAAGGCUAAGUGAUUUUAAUUGUUAUAAAGAUAUCUUUAUUAAAUUUUAUGCAAUUUUGUUUUGCUGAUAAUUACUUAUUUUAAGCCUCAUAGACCCAUUAACUCUCUUCUUUCUUGUUUUUGUAUUAUUACUACUACCACAUCAGCAACUGGUCAAUCACUCAGAAACUCAUAAAGAGGUGUACUUAUGUAUGAAAUUUUUAGUGUGGCAAACUCAAGUUUCUUUACUUUACAUUGUGGCCAGAUUUUGUAUGUUUUGCAAUUGUGUUUUCAUCUUGCAGCUGCAUUGCAGCUAUUAUGCCCUUUCUUUUAAAUCGUCUCAAGUCCGUAUUGAGUUUGUGCCAUAUACGUUUUGAUUGUGAAGGACAACUCAAUAGCAUUAACCAAACAACAAAACUGUGUCUCAAGUACCGCCUUUGUUGUAUGUAAGUAUGUAGUUAAAAAAUCAUUAACAUUAGGUAGAUAUAAAAUGAUUGUGUUACCGUCCUGGAUAAAAAAACGUUAUUUAUGAGAUUUUUCCGAAUUUUGUUUUUUGUCUAGUCUCAUUCCGGCAGUAAAAAUAACAUUCCUUCUCAUUAUUUUGCAAGUUGUUCAAUAAUCCUCUGUACUCUUAACUGCUGUCUAUACAAUGAAUAAUGUUAAUGUUGGUUACUCAAAGGCAGCAGCAUGACAUAGUUUACUAUUUCUUAAGUCUAAAUGCUUCACAGUAGAACUACAACUACAUUCUGAAAGCUUAUAAAAGGUAGAUGAAAAUAGAGUUUUUUAAAUUUUACUUUUGUAUGUUAAACAAUUUUCCUAGAGCCUGCAGAACUAUGAAAAUUGGAAUUGGAUAUGAAUGAAAUUCUUUUGUGACACCCUACCACUACUGCUUGUAAGGUUUGAUUCUAGAGCAAAUAUAGUCUGAUUACUGCAUUAUACUGUAAUAUAUUUUGUGUUGCUGUUUUUUUAAUUUGAUUCAUUAUGGGUGAAUGUGUCACUAAAAAUUACAUGCAUUUUAAAUUAGCUCAUGAACUUCACGUAGGUCAUUUUAUUUUGUAACAGCGGACACUUUUUGUAAGUGCACAAAAUCACUGCUUGAUUUUCUUAUUUUACUUUUGAAAGCUUUGUGGGUGUAUUGAGACUGCCAGCUCAAAUUUUUGCUGUGGCUGUACUGACAUUUUUUUGGCAUUACCAGCAAAAAUGCUAUAGUGGUCUCUGAUGCCUAAUAUAUUGCAUGUUCAUCUCUGUCAUCAGUUUGUAUAUUACAAUGUGCUACAGUAUUAACAGCAAAAUAUCAUGGUGGUAUCAUAUUUACGUCUCAAGUUUAAAUUUGGAUCAUGAUUUUUUAAUGUUAUUUGGGCUGAUGGCUUGUCUUAGAAACGACCUGUACAGUGUGUUUACUAUAAAGUGGGUUGGGUGUGUCGCUUUUGAUGAGCAGCAAAGGAUCCAUUUAUUACCUCAAUUCAAAUCAGUGGCUUUGACUGAUUGCGAAACUCAGGGUAGUCCCGCUUUGUAAUGGACACCCUGUACCUUGUCUUCUAUUUUCUUAUGAGAUAUUUAGUCAUUUUGUAUAUGUGAUUUGUUUCUUGUUAUGGAAGUUUAUAAGAAGUGGAUAAAAUAGUGGUAUGAUGUAACUUUGCAAAAUUCUAAUAAAUUAUUGUUCAGUCAUAA